UUAUGAUUUUACAAAAAUCAAGUAAUAUCUUAUAAUAUUUGGAGCAAAAGUUCUACACAUUGCGUUUAUCGCUUUAUCAAAAAGCUGUGCCAUUCUUAAGGCGAUUAAUAUAAGAUUAUCAGAUAAGAAUGGUUUAGAUAUGUUACAAAUGAUAAAUCCUAUUUGAACUCGAGGUAAAAUACAGUGCGUGGUAUUAAGUAGACAUCCUUUUAUCGAAUAAUCCGUUAUAAAAAUCAAAAGUAACAUAAACGACAUAUAUAACGUCUAAAUUAUUUGUUUAAAUAAUAGUCAUACUAUGAGAUGUUUACACAGUGCAAAUAUGUGUGUAUGUGGACUUUAAUACGUGAUAUAGUUGUUGUACUGUUUUUACUUUUUCAUACAAUAUGUGCGACAAACAUAAAGAAUGCAAUGAAAUUUGCUGGCAUUGUGGAAAAUAUAACAGUAUAUGCUUUAGAAGAUGUAAAUGAUCUUGAAGGUGAAAAUACAUUGAAAUCAUUGAAAAUGAAUAUAUCCUGGAUGCCGCCAAGUAAAGGAAAACAACCUUCUUCAUACAGUGUUAUGAUUACAAGCAUACCAAAGAAAAGUGAUGUGAAUAGGAUAGAAUGCCCAGAAGGUUCUGCACUCUACACAGUACAGGAUAAAAGUCCACUUAGUUUAUUAGUGCCGCAAAAUAAAUUAUUGCAUCACAUGCCUGAGCUACAAACACGCCCGAACUGCACAUACAAAAUACAAGUAUACGCCAAUCCAAGAGCUAAACCUGUAGAGAAGUUGCCAGAGGUUAUCUACACAGUGCCAGAAUGUAUAGGGCUUAAAUGCAGUUGCGCGGAUGCAAAAACUACCUUGCCUGUGCCGAAAGUGAAAGCAAUCCGAGUGAAAGAAAAUAUUAUUAUAAAUUGGAAUGUUACGUCAAACAGUUCUUACAUUCAAUCUUAUGUAAUUGGUAUUGGUAUGCCGUCAUUGAUAUCAAACGCAGGAUAUUCUGUGUACAAUAUUACGAAGAUAAGCAAUGUGAUUGUUACAACGAAUACCUUUACUUGGGAUUGCAAGAUUAACGAUCAGUAUGUAAAAGUGGAAAAUGGAUACAAAAUAUUGGUCGCAGCAACCGAUUAUCGAGGCUGCUCAGGAAUUCAAGGAGACUUCACAAUUGUUAAUACAGAUGAAACAGAAACAUUGAGGGGAAAGAUCAUUUGGCUGCUGCUUAUUGGUGUUGCUAUUUGUAUUAUAUUAGGAUUUGUCAGUAUCUUGUUAAUACGUAAUAAGAAUGGAUAUCAACUCGUAUGGCCAUCCGGACCUUCACGGCUGGCUAGAUGGCCACAUUUGGUCUUUCAGAGACGCAAUAUUGGUAUAUAUGUGGAACCGAGAACUGAGGAAAUAUGUUACAAAGCGCAAAUUGACAAAUAUGAAGUGUCGUACAAAUGUAUAAAUUUUAAAUAUGAAUUAGGAAAAGGACAAUUUGGUAAAGUGUACUUAGGCAGUCUAAAUAAUAAUCAAGACACUUUGGUAGCUGUUAAAAUGUCACAGUGUUUCGACGAAUCUAACGAACUUGAAGUUAGACGUCAACUAUUAGAAGAAAUUAAGAUAAUGAAAGCAGCCGGUUCUCAUCCGCAUUUAGUGAACCUUAUAGGUUGCUGCACUUUACCGGAUAAUCCUAUAUGCAUACUUUUAGAAUAUAUGGAAGGUGGAGAUUUACUUGCAUAUCUCCAUUCUAAAAGAAACAUUGAAACGGAUGACAUAUCUUUGUGUAACUUUGAAAAAGUUAUGUCUGAAUAUAUAAAUAUUGUUAAGCUGAAUAAAAAUAAGGAUGUAGAUUUAUGUGGCACAAUUGAAAAACAACAAUUUAUGAAAUUUGCGCUUGAUAUUGCUAGAGGAAUGGAGCAUUUAGAAGCCAAAGGAAUUGUACAUAGAGAUUUGGCAGCAAGAAAUAUUCUUCUCACCUCAGAUCUAACACUAAAGAUUUCUGAUUUUGGUUUGUCACGAAAUGGAAUAUACGUGAUAAGUAAUACAGCAGGCAAAGUUCGCCAGCUCCCAAUACGUUGGAUGUCACCAGAAGCUAUACGUGAUCAUGCUUUUUCUUCAAAAAGUGAUGUCUGGUCGUUCAGUAUUGUUCUUUGGGAGAUUGGAACUCUGGGUUCUUUUCCAUAUGCCAAUGUACAAGAUGAGGAGUUGUUACAUUAUUUAACUCAGGGCAAAUGUCGGUUAACUUGUCCUAAUAGUAUUUCUUGUGAUAUAUAUAAAAUUAUGUGCUCUUGUUGGAAUACCAUGCCGCAAGAUAGGCCCAGUUUUGCACAACUUGUUUUAGAUUUGCAAACACUAAAAGAACCUUCACACUCAAUACAUGAAGCAAGCAAUCCUUGUUAUAUGUUAUUAUCACACCAAUGUAAUUUAGAAUCAUUUGAUAAAUAUGUAUGUAUGCAUGUGUAUAAUAAUAUAAAAACAAACUACAAACAUUAGCUUAGAGUAAAUU